AUGUCGACAGAUUUUUUCGCCACAGUUCGCUUUCGGCGAAAUACAGAUCCCGAACUAUCGGCAAAAUUGUAUCCGGAGACACAAAUAUUCCAUCUUGUGACGAUCUUCGACGAUGACUUAGUCCAGUUACGGAUGCUAAUGGCUUGCCUCGACGAACAAAUGAUGGAAGAAUUCUGCAAGAAAGUAGACAUACCUUUAGAUGUAGUAGGACCAAACAAGCAGAGACCAGACAAUAUCGAUCUUCGACGAUGGAGAGACAAUCACUUACAGUAUACAGUGAAAGUCGUCUUCUCAGAAAUAACUGGAUUCAUGACGAAUAAAACUAAAGUAAACUUUGUAACGGAUGAAGAACUUGAUUGGCUGGUGUUUCAAGUGGCAACCGACGGCAAGGUGGAGAAAUGUGUCGGGAAAAGAUCAAAGAAGUUUGCAAAAAAACUAAGGGCUACACACAGCUUAUUGGCUGACGAGCGGGAUGGAGAGUCUCAACCUAAGUUUGAGCGAUUACAUUCACAAGAAGGACAUGAAGGAGCAGUCGCCGAAACAGCAGGUUCUCACAAAGAAUCGCAGGAGGAAGAUACAUCAUCGGAUGCUCUGCUGCAACAGCUCAAGUUAUGGAGAAACAACCAUAAAGAGAAGAAAUGUCGAAAAUCAUUGAGAUCAGCUUUGAAGCAUGUAGGGCUAGAAGAAUGCAUCGUAAACAAGACGCCACGGGAAAAGGUGUAUGAAGUAGAGAUUGUACGAGCAGCCUUUCACAUAUUGAUGAGGGACGUUUACCCCGUCAUAGAAGAACUGGGCAUUGACCGGAAGACGAUCCCGAAGUACAUGAGACAGUGUCCUGUUAUAGGCAAAGGAUCGUUGGAUCUUCUGUUUAAGAUCUGCGAAGGGAAGGACAAAUCGAAAAGCUACAAUCGUCUUGAUUUCUGUGUAAAGCUCACAAAUAUGGGUUAUGUCGAUGUUGCAAGAUCUAUAUAUUUAGAUCACGAGAUGAGUAUAAGUGAGUUAGCUAGUAUUGCCUCCGUACUGCACAGACGGGACCAAGCAAAGUUUGAGCCUCUUAUUCAUAAAUUGGAUUUGAGACCUGAUGAACUUCCAGAAGAUCAUGGAGCACAGUUUGAGACAUACUGUUUAGAAGUGCUAAGGACUUGGAAGGAGAAGAUCAGACCCGUUCCGUACCACUACAGACGUCACAUCGUUGAGGGUCUCCAAGCAGUUGAAUGUUCUGAUCUUGCUGAUGAAGUUCUGACAGGCCUUUAUCGACAUGAAUAUCCCGACGAAGAUGUCAUUGAAGAUAUCUGCAGUAGACUUGAUGACGGUCAAAUACGGAAUCUUCUUCGAAUCCUGAAACUUAAGCCUGAUCAUGAUGAACAAGAUCGGAAAAAAAUAAACAAAAUGAUUGUACGCUGGGCGGACAAGUGGAUGAGAAAGUAUGAUUCCUCGGCUAUAUCAUUUAAAGAGAGAAGAUCAGUGAACGAUGAGCUUGUUAGAGCAGGGUUUUAUGAGUUAGCCCAUGAAAUCAUGGUACUAGAAUAUUCCAAGUUCUAAUAUAGGAACCACAUGCUCAGUAUUUUUGUCUUUAUUGUUAGAUAUUGAUGGGUUCUGUUUCAUCUGUAAAAAUGUGAAAUCUACCUUUAAUGUAUGAAUUUGAUAGUUUCGUCUGUGUUUUAUUUGUUAUUCUUCAACAACAUGAACAAGAGAUUGCUAGCGUUUCCGUGUUCAAAAUGCAGAAUUGACGUGCAUACUUACACUGUACCAAACAAUAUUAUUGUACGUCAUUGUACAAUUGCGUGUAGACACGAAAAUAGGUUCGAUCUUUAUAAACUUUUGAAAUAAACUAUUUCAUGAAAAUUAGAAUAUAAUGAAAAGCAUGCAUUGAUCACUGAUCAAAUCAAGUGAUGAGUCCAGUGCUUCUCCAGGUAACAUUAAUCUCUCGAUCCAUUUGAGCAUGAGUAAACAUUAAUGAUUUAAUGACAGCUUUUUAAGAACUAACUUAAAUCAUGAUAGAUUCGAAAAAUAACCAAAAGAGUGAUAAGUUCCGUUAUUUGCACUUAGUUGUAAUCCAAGUUUUACCGCAGCCGAUCCUAGAAUGUGAUGGGAUUGAGGACGGAAAGAUGAAUUGUAGCAGCAGCAGUAGAAGCUAUACAUGUAAGAAGCGGAUAUCAUAACAUGUGCUUUUAUAAGAGCCCGGUUUCUAUGUAUUAAUGUGCAAUUAAAGUGUUUGCUGUAUUUUAUGGAAAAAAAUGCUAUCUCAGCUUUCCUAUAUGAAUGUAAGAUACUAAAGCACAUUAAUCAUUCGAAUGCUUAGAUUAAGGGUAGGCGUAAUAUGAUUUCAAUCAGUAUGACUUCACAACUCUCUGCUUUAUUUGUGUACAUAUUGUGUGAAAGACGGUGAGCGAUGAUCACUGUGUAAUAUAAAAAUAUGUUGUCGUGCGUGCCAAAAAUAUCCGUACAAAAAUAAAUAAAUAAAACAGGCAAUUGUGCAUCUCUAAAAUAGGAAAGAAAAACAAACUUUAUCUUUUAACUUAACGUUAAAUCACCGAUUAAAAAGUAGGUAAGUGGUUAGAUUGAAGCUGUCUGACUUCAAUGUAAGAGCAAGCCCAUGGAAUCUAAACUUUUAUUAAACUUUUCGAUUUCUAUUCAUUGUGGUCAAGACAAUUACCAGCAGACCAAACUUCCGAUUUCAUCUUUACAGACAUUCGGAACCUAAUACAGAAUUCCGUCUAAAGAUAAUACAAAUGCCUACUCUUUGAUCGAAGGUAAGGGCAUGGUCUAAGUCUGUUUAUAAAUUAUGGAAGGCCAAACAUAUCAAAAUUUUGCUGAUUGUUUCUUCUCAUGAUGAAUGAGGAAGAAAAUAAAUGUGAUUGCAUUUUUUUUUCACAAUAAGUUUAUUGGCGAAUUCGCUGAGUAAAAAAGAAAUACAUUUAUCCUGGUUGGGCACCCUUUUGCUAUACACAUCAAAGAGUUAGACUGCGGUGUAAGAUUGACCUCGGGUCAAAGGCAAAAGAUGUAUACCUGUUUGUUGUAUAUUGUUGGUGUGUGUGGGGUGCGUCUGCAUGUGUGUUUCACUCCAUUUUGAUAGGCCCUGGAUGCAUGUUAUUUUAAUUUCAAUGAAUUUCUAAAUAUUACGUUGUAUUAACUUCCUGAUUUGCAAAGAUUGCAGAAUCGUUUACUGCAAAAUGAUUAUGGAAAGAUAUUGCUGACAAAAUCGAUCAAAAUCAAUUCGGUAAUAUAAGAAAUUUGUAUAUAUGUCAGUAUCUUAUCGGAUUACUACAUGCUUUAUACGGUUACGCUGAAAAGCCUCUUUCUGUAUCCACAAUUUUUUUGACUGAUUUCUCGAAAGCUUUUGAUUGAAUUAAUCAUAAUUUGCUCGUCAAUAAAUUAUUAAACCUUCAUGUUCGACCAUGUGUAAUCUCUUUGGUAAUUGAUUUCCUCCCUCGAUAGUCGUCAGCAGGUUGUAAAGUAUAAAGGCCAAUUAUCUUAUCUUAAACAUAAUGGUGUAGGUGUGCCACAAGGGACUAAACUUGGCCCGAUUCUAUUUCUAGUUAUGAUAAACGAUGCCUGUAGAGAUUCUAGUAUGUCAUAUUUCACAUAUGUAGACGAUCUGACGAUAGUAGAAUGUAGAUUAAGAUCACAAACACCACAGUUGCAAGUUCAGUUACAAUGUAUUCAUUCAUGGACCUUGGCAAAUAGUAUGAAAUUGAACCCACUAAAAUGCUGUUCAAUGUCAUCUUCUUUCUCUAAGCGACCUUAACAACCAUAGUUUUUUUUGUAUAUUGAUGGCAUCCCAUUACCUUCUGUUAAUAGUCAAGAUACUUUGCGUCAUGAUCCAAUCAGACCUAAAAUGGAAUGCUCAUGUUUAAGAAAUUAUCAAAAAAUGUAACAAAAAACUAUUCAUGUUACGUAGAUAAAAAAUCUACAACCUUCCUGUUUGUGAUCUAGUCACCGUUGAUAUUGGCUACGUAAGACCAACCUUGGAGUACUGUGUACCUCUUUUUACGUCUGGUCUUACUAGCAGACAGAUUAAUGAUUUGGAAU